ACAAAAAAAAAAAAAAAAACCAUUCGGAGCUCGUUAAAGUGGGGAAGAGCUAAAGCUUAAGUUUUUGAAAUCUUUUAUAAACUGAAGCUCUAAUAAGAGUUUUUGUUGUUCCAUAAUCUUUGAUUUCAUCAAUGGGGAGAGGAGGAGGAGGAGGACAAGAGAACGGUGCUCGAGAAAUCGUUAGUCCUCGACGUACCAAUCGACAAGUGUUCCCAGCGUGGGCUAAAGAUGUUGCAGAAUGUGAAAAACACUUCGGAGUGAACAAAAAAAUUGGUCUUCGAUCCAAUGAAGUAGAGAAGAGGAUCUUAACUUAUGGCUACAACGACUUGGAGAAGCAUGAGUCCCAGUCGAUUUGGGCUUUGGUGCUCGACCAGUUCAACGACACUUUGGUUCGAAUCCUACUUGUUGCGGCGGUGAUUUCCUUUAUUCUUGCCUGGUAUGAUGGCGAGGAGGGAGCUGAGAAGGAAAUCACUGCCUUUGUGGAGCCGUUAGUGAUUUUCUUGAUCCUUAUUGUGAACGCGAUUGUUGGAGUUUGGCAGGAAAACAAUGCGGAAAGGGCACUCGAAGCGCUUAAGGAGAUUCAAUCCGAGCACGCCGCUGUUAUUCGAGAUGGCAAGAGGAUUGCUAAUCUUCCUGCCAAGGAGCUCGUGCCUGGUGAUAUUGUCGAGCUCAAGGUUGGUGACAAAGUCCCUGCAGAUAUGCGUGUAUUGCAAUUGAUUAGCUCGACUUUGAGGAUCGAACAGGGGUCUCUAACUGGAGAGAGUGCGGCUGUGAAUAAGACCACUAAAGCUGUCCCAGAAGACUCUGACAUUCAAGGAAAAAGGUGUAUGGUUUUUGCUGGAACCACAGUUGUGAAUGGGAAUUGCGUUUGCUUGGUUACUCAGACUGGAAUGGAAACAGAGAUUGGGAAAGUGCACGAGCAAAUUCAAGAGGCUUCGCUAUGCGAAGAAGACACGCCUUUGAAAAAGAAACUCAAUGAGUUUGGUGAAACUCUGACAAAAAUAAUUGGAGUUACGUGUGCGGUUGUGUGGAUUAUAAAUGUGAAGUACUUUCUCACUUGGGAUUACAAUGAAAAUGGGUGGCCUAAGAAUUUCAAGUUUUCAUUGGAGAAGUGUACUUAUUACUUCGAGAUUGCCGUGGCAUUGGCUGUGGCUGCUAUCCCCGAAGGAUUACCGGCUGUUAUUACAGCGUGUUUGGCACUAGGGACGAGAAAGAUGGCUCAGAAGAAUGCCCUUGUGAGGAAGCUGCCAAGUGUUGAAACUCUUGGAUGUACCACUGUGAUUUGUUCUGAUAAAACUGGUACAUUGACUACUAAUCAGAUGGCAGUGUCGAAGCUUGUGGCUAUGGGGAGCAGUGUUGAUAGCUUGCGAUCGUUUAAGGUUGAUGGCACUACAUACAAUCCAUUUGAUGGUAAAAUACAUGAUUGGCCAACUGAUUUUGAUGCUAAUCUUCAAAUGAUUGCUAAAAUCUCUGCUCUAUGCAAUGAUGCUGACAUUGCUCAAGCAGAGUAUAAGUACAUGGCCCAUGGCAUUCCUACUGAGGCAGCUCUGAAGGUUUUGGUUGAGAAGAUGGGCCAUCCUGAAGGAUCUAAAUUUGAUGAAGCACCGAUGACACCAAAAUCUCCUAAAUCACCAAAGAAUGAUGUGCUACGUUGCUGCCAGCUGUGGAAUGAAAAUGAACCUCGGAUUGCAUCUCUUGAGUUUGACCGUGAUAGGAAGUCCAUGGGUGUUAUUGUGAAUUCACGUACAGGGAAGAAGUCAUUGCUAGUGAAGGGUGCUGUAGAAAAUGUAUUAGAGAGGAGCACUAGGAUUCAGUUGCUUGAUGGUUCUGUUUUACCACUGGAUCAGAAUACAAGGAAACUCAUUGUAGAUGCCCUUCAGGAGAUGUCUACUGGUGCAUUACGCUGUCUUGGUUUUGCAUACAAGGAAGAGCUUGGUGAGUUUGAAACCUACGAUGGUGAAGAUCACCCAGCCCAUGCACUUUUACUUGAUCCAUCCAAUUAUCCAUCAAUUGAGAGUGACCUCAUUUUUGUUGGUUUGGCCGGACUGAGGGAUCCUCCUAGGGAAGAGGUUUUCCAAGCAAUUAAGGACUGCAGAGCAGCUGGGAUUCGUGUUAUGGUUAUUACAGGAGAUAAUAAGAAUACAGCAGAAGCUGUAUGUCAAGAAAUUGGCGUAUUUGGACCUAAUGAAGACAUAGUUUCAAAAAGUUUAACAGGAAAACAGUUCAUGGAACUGAAAGAUCAGAAAGGCCAUCUAAGACAAAACUGUGGUCUCCUAUUUUCUAGGGCUGAACCAGGGCACAAACAAGAGAUUGUGAGGUUGCUGAAAGAGGAUGGAGAGGUGGUUGCCAUGACCGGUGAUGGGGUGAAUGAUGCACCUGCCUUGAAACUCGCUGAUAUUGGGAUUGCAAUGGGCAUUUCUGGAACAGAGGUUGCGAAAGAAUCUUCAGACAUGGUGUUGUCAGAUGAUAAUUUCAGUACAAUUGUCUCUGCUGUUGGUGAAGGCAGAUCUAUCUACAACAACAUGAAGGCUUUUAUCAGGUACAUGAUUUCCUCCAACAUUGGUGAGGUUGCCUCUAUAUUUCUAACAGCAGCUUUAGGUGUUCCAGAAGGCCUGCUACCUGUUCAACUUCUGUGGGUCAAUCUUGUUACAGAUGGGCCACCUGCAACUGCUCUGGGAUUUAAUCCUCCAGAUAAGGAUGUAAUGAAGAAACCUCCUCGUAGAAGCGAUGACUCUCUAAUCAGUGCCUGGACUUUAUUCCGUUAUCUGGUCAUUGGGCUGUAUGUUGGGAUGGCAACAGUUGGUAUAUUUAUCAUUUGGUAUACUUGUGGUUCCUUCCUGGGCAUUGACCUUAGUGGAGAUGGUCACACCUUGGUCACAUAUUCACAACUUACCAAUUGGGGGCAGUGCUCAACCUGGACAAAUUUUACUGCUUCACCCUUCACAGCAGGCAAUCAACUUGUUUCUUUCGAUGACCCCUGCGAUUAUUUCAAAGCUGGGAAAGUGAAAGCCAUGACACUCUCACUCUCUGUGUUGGUUUCCAUUGAAAUGUUCAACUCCCUCAAUGCCCUUUCCGAGGAUGGAAGCCUGUUAACAAUGCCCCCAUGGGUCAACCCUUGGCUCCUUUUGGCCAUGUCUGUCUCAUUUGGCCUGCACUUCUUGAUCCUCUAUGUCCCAUUCCUGUCACACGUAUUUGGCAUCGUGCCCCUCAACUUGAAUGAAUGGCUCUUGGUUUUCAUAGUUGCAUUCCCUGUGAUUCUGAUUGAUGAGGUUCUGAAGUUCAUAGGGAGAUGUAAAAGUGGGUCUCAAGCAUCGACUAGAAAGACGGCAAAAAAACCCAAGUCAGAAUGAGACAACUUGUGGAGAUACAGUUCAUAAAACCCAUUUUACAACGAGGAUGACCUGGGCCUUGAAUAACUGGCUUCACUAUAAUAAUUUUCCUUUCAUUUUACUUUCCUUGUUUUUGUACAUAAAAGACUCAAUUCCCUCCCCUCCACUUUUUGUUGUAAACAAAAUAUAUGCAGCUUCUAUAUAUCUAAUCAUGUAUACCUAUAAUGUCAGUUGAAGAUUUUGGAUCUUCUCAAUAUUAAUGAAUUGAUAAAUAAAAAGAAACCAACACAUAGAUUUGUGGGGUUCGACAGCUUGCUUA